AUGAAAUCGACAGAUGAACUGCUCGAUACAUCUAUAAUGUUCUUGGAAAUUUGCAGUAAUACAACUGAAAUAAUCUCUCAGACAUUACAGCAAAUUAGAGAUAUUGGUUGUGGUUUACGAAGAAAUAGAGGAUCAUCCGGCAUUGAAGACAUCAUUGCCAAUUACACUGUAAUCAGAAGUAAAGUGAAAAGAGAGGUAAAAGGAUCUGGGGCGAAUUUAAAGCAAAUAGAGAAGAUGAUAUGUAGUAGUCCCUUCAUGGCAAAUUCAGAAAAUGACAGUCUCACCUCGGUAUUCCGGGCUUUUAAAGAAAUUACAGCGUUGAGCAUAUUUAUUUUCCAACUAUUGCUUGUAUAUUUGGCAAUGCCAUCUUUAAAAAUAAAGUCAUCAAAAAGGCAUAGAUGGACAAGAUUCAUUUCCAAUGGUAAAGUGGUACCUGAAGAGAUGGCUGGCACCAAUGUAAAUGAGUUACAACACCUUGAUGCAACACUAUUUAGAUACGGUAAAAGUGACAAUCAAGAAUUUAUCCAAGUCGCACCGAAGAAACUAGAGGCAUUGGAGGCUAUUCUUGAAGGCAUCGGUUCUCACAUACACUUGAUUUCAAGACGGCUGAUUGGAACCCGAGCUUCUCUUCUUAACAUUGUCUCUUUCUACUAA